AUGUUUUCCGCGAACCUGGGCGUGCUCCCGCCGCAGGGUAAUUACAACACAUCGUGGGAGAACAGCGAGUCCAACCGACAAACAGCGUCCUCGGCACCAGCCGACUAUUUCUCGUCGGAUCUGGAUUUCGAUACCGCGUAUGUACUGAUGACGAACGAGCUGGAUUCCACGCCCGGCUCGGUGCCAAACUCGGUACCUGGGUCCAGUAGAAACGCUGCAAUGUCCCAUAGUUUGUCUCCCGGUACAAACUCGACCCAAACUUCCACGAACGCACCGCAAACCCCACCGUUAUCGAAUUUCAUGUCUACGGGACUAUCGCCUUUCUACAGAUCGCCCAAAAUCGUCCACGAACAGCUGUCUCGACCCCUGACACCAGAUAACACCCGGCCACCAUACGAUAAAACCUCCCUUUUGAACCGCAGCUCGUCAUCCCUCAACUUUGCAGAGCUAUCGCCUGUUCAGGCCAACUCUCCGGUCUCACCAAAUACCAGAAAUCUCUUGGCAACAUUUAAUAAUCUAAACUACUCGGCAAACGUCAUUGGGUUGUCACGCCAGCAGUCUUCAGAACUUCUUUCUGUUUCAGAAACAUCUGCUUUGGAAAACUUCCUUGAUUCCAUCGCCAACGAUCAAAGCUUGUCAAAUCUGUCCAAACAUUGGCAUUCGAUCGACCCGUUGGCAAACUCCAUCAGAGAAAACGCAAAAGAACCACAACCAGCCACCAAGCCUUUCAUUAAAAAGGAGGAAGACUCAAUACCGACUCAUGUGUUUUCUGCUGCACCAUCUGUGGAAGAGAAAUUAGCCAGAGCUUCGUUCCAGGAGCGACAAAGAAGUGUAUCGCUAUCGAAAAAACAGCUGACCGAAGAGGAAAAGAAACUCAACCAUACCUCGUCGGAGAAAAAACGGCGUGCUGUCAUCAAAAGAUCGUUCGAUGAGCUUUGCGAGCUGAUCAGUUCCUCUCCUACCCAUCUUAACCAGCUACAGAGCAAAAAUAGCAAAAGCAAGCGCAAGAAGAUGUCCAAAUACAACGUCAUGGUGGAAUCUAUAGAGGAGAUCAAACGCUUAGAAGAAGUGAACCAGCGACUGAAGGAACUAGUCCGGUAG